CUAUAAAUUGAGUUUCUCGCCAUGUUAUGUAAUAGAAAGCUUGUUCUGAUCGAGCUUAUAUUGUUUGGGAAACAAUCUAGAUAAGAGUGAGCUUUCGUGUGUAUAUUAAAAGAGAAAGGGAGAGAGAGAGAGUAAGAGUGUAUGGGGAUGUUCGUGAGAAGGGGCUGGGUAAUGGCAUGUGUAAUGGUGUUACUGAUGUUAACUCAAGUGUUGGGGAAACUAUCUAGUACAUGUGGUCGUGACAGUGGCAAAAGCCGAUGUGAUAAACAUGGAGGAGGCGGUGCCGUUGGUGGUAGUAAGGUUAUCAAUGCUAUGGAGGCUGCAGAAGAAGGUGAAGGUGUAAGUGGUGCUGGUGGUGCUGGUGGUGCUAGUGGUGCUGGUGGUGCUACUGGUGCUGGUGGUGCAAGUGGUGCUGGUGGUGCUAGUGGUGCUAAUGCUGGUAGUGCUAGUGGUGCUGGAGCUGCUAGUAGUGCUAGUGGCACUGGUGGUACUAGUGGUGCUGGUGGUUCAAGUGGUGCUGGUGGUGCAAGUGGUGCUGGUGAUGCUAAUGCUGAUGGUGAUAGUGGUGUUGAUGCUGGUGGUGCUAGUGGUUCUGGUGGUGUUAGUGGUGAUGGUGGUGCCACUGGUGCUGGUGGUGCCAGUGGUGCUGGUGGUCCCAGUGGUGCUGGUGGUUUUGGGGGUCCUAGUGGUGCUGGUGGUGAUGGUGGUGCUAGUGGUGCUGGUGGGUCUGGUGGUAAAAGUGGUGAUGGUCGUAAUGUCGGUCCUGGAGGUGGUGCCAUUGGUGUUAUUGCUGGAGAGGGUGUUGGUCAUGUUGGUAAACGUCGACACUAAUUCGAAAACAUCAGUGACUGUUAAUAACUUAGCACUCCGUGCAUGUUACCCUCCUUAGUUUGCAUAACGUCUAUCUUAUUCAGUUAUUCUUCUUUGUACGAGUACCAGGAAUUAUAAGUUUUAUGUGUAUGCUAAAAAUAAGAGAGUUUAAUUGAAGAAAAAAAUG